GGAUUUAUUCCAUUGGAACUUCUUACUUAUUGGAUUAAGACUUCAUUUGACUUAAGUAACGGGGAAAAAAUCUAAAACGUUAUAUGAGGAUCAGUAUGAAGCUGUGUUUGGUUUUACUGGUGGUUGCUGUAAUGUACGUUGCAGCAGAACCUGAACCUGAACCUGAACAUGAGGGAGAACCAUAUGGAGAUGACAAGAAAGUUAUUGUGAUUAAAGACAAGAGUGAGCAUCACCACCAUCACCACCACCAUCAUCAUCACCACCACAAGCAUGGUCAUGAACAUAAGCACGGACAUGAACACAAGCAUGGACACGAACACAAGCAUGACCAUGGUCACAAGCACGAUCAUUUGCACAAACAUGCUCAUGACCACAAGCAUGGACAUGAACAUAAACAUGGCCAUGAACACAAGCAUGAUCAUGCUCACAAACAUGAACACGGGCACAAACAUGAGCAUGGUCACAAGCACGAACAUGCCCACAAGCACGGUCACGAACAUAAGCAUGGACACGAGCACAAGCACGGCCAUGAACACAAACAUGAACACGGGCACAAACACGGACAUUUGCACAAGCAUGAACAUGGACACAAACAUGGACACCAUCAUGAUCAUGCUCAUAAGCACGAACACGGUCACAAGCACGAACAUGGUCACAAACAUGGUCAUGAACACAAGCACGGCCAUGAACACAAACACGAGCAUGGACACAAGCAUGAGCACGGACAUAAGCACGGGCACGCUCACAAACACGAGCACGGUCACAAACAUGGUCAUGAACAUGGUCAUAAGCACGGACAUGAACAUGGUCACAAACACGGACAUGCCCACAAACACGGCCAUGAGCACGGACACAAACACGGUCAUGAACACAAGCAUGGACAUGAGCACAAACAUGGACACGAUCAUAAACACGGCCAUGAACACAAACAUGGUCAUGAACAUGGUCAUCACCAUGGUCACAAACACGAACAUGGACACAAGCACGGACAUGGACACAAGCAUGGACACGAACACAAGCACGGUCAUGAACAUGGCCAUCACCACGGUCACAAGCAUCACCACAAAUGGCACGGAAUCAUCCAUGGUCAUGGUCACUCCCUUCAUGCCGAGCCCCAUGGAUUUGAAAUCCCAGCAGCUGGACACCACGGAUUCGAAGCUGCACCAGAAGAACAUGGCCACGAAUUUGAAGUCGAUGCAGAACCUGAGCAUGAAAUUGUACCCCAUCAUCACGAAGAGCCUGAACAUGAAUCCUAUGAAGCAAAAACUGUCGGACUUGAAGAACCCAUUGUCGGUUUCACUACUGAAAUCAAACACGAGCCUUUGUUUGCUGGUGGACAUGGAAUCACUCAUGAAUAUCGCAAAUUCGGAAGCUCUGAUGGACAUCCUUUCCUCGGUAAAUUUGGGCUCCCUUCUAUCGCUAGGAAAGACGUUCUAGUCAAGGCCUAAUGCUUCAUCAAGAAGGCGAAAUCAUAAAAUGUGAUCCUGAAGUUUCUAUAGGCAUUUUGUCUUGAUACCUAUCCUAUAUUAAUUUAUUUAUUGCCUCAGCCAAAUAUCUCUGUACAAGUGAUUAUGUAUAGAAUCCAUUGCCUGUCCUCCGUCUGCAUUUAUGCUGUUUGCCUUUAUGUUCAAACUUUUAUGCUAUGCAAAAGCGUUAAUGAAAUUGCAUUGGUUUAGACACAGUAAGAAAAUAGCAUUCGGCAUGGAUAUGUAUCAUAUUGUACAGUGAAUUCAUUUUUACGUGUAGUAAAAAUACGUUGUAAUUUGUUUGU